AUGUAUAAAGUUAUCCUUUUAUUUUGUUUAUGUGCUGCUAUGUUCACAUCCGCAGUACCACUCGACAUGACAUCAAGAUCCUCAUCUUCGUUAGAAUCUCGCUCCGCAAAGCCAUUAAAUUACAAUGCUGGAUGGGCCAUAGAAUCUAUUUAUAAAGCUAAAAAAAGAGGUAUAUUUUCUCCAACAUUAGUUCAAUCAGAAUCUGAAAUAAAUGAGUCGUCCGUUAAAAACCGUCGGUUAAUGACGAAAAGGAUCAAUUAUACAGAUCAUCUUAUAAAUACUGUGCAUCAUUCAAAACGAACCAAAAAGCAAGGGAGAAGGUCUAUCGUUAAAAAACAACUUGAUGUUAAGAAUUUAAUGAAAGAUGAGAAGUAA